AGAUUGUACUGAUGUGUAACUCUGUGCCUUUUCAUUAAAUUUAGUCAAACUAACAUAAAUGAACAGAUCUUAAAUUGUAAAGGCAAAUUGGGUUUGAACUGCUAUUAAAUGUAAUCAUGGACGCUGACAAUUUAACCAAACAAAUUGAAGAGGUAGAGGCUUUAAGUUCUAUUUACGGAGAAGAUUGGACAACAGAAAGUGAAGUCACUAGGUCAUAUAAUAUAAAAAUAAAGGAAAAUGACCAUGAAGUUAUAUUGUAUGUAACAAUGCCUUUGGAGUACCCGGGACAAGCUCCACCUAAAUAUGAAUUAUCUGCUCCUUGGAUGGACAGGAAAGAAAAAGAGAAACUGCACCAAAGCCUUGAUGAAGUAUAUUUAGAAAAUAUUGGUGAGACAGUUAUUUACCAAUGGGUAGAGAAAAUAAGAGAAAAGCUACUACAAAUAAAGCCUAAGGAAAAUAAAAAAAUUAACAACAAUAUACAAGUCGAAGAGAUAUUGGAUCUGUCAGAGCUAGUAAUAAAUUGUCCAGAAAUAACACAUGGUGAAGUCAUUGUUGAUAGAAAGAGUUCAUUUCAAGGUCAUGCAGCCGAAGUACACAAUAUUGAUGAUGUCAAUGCAGUAUUGGCAAAGUUAAAACAAAAUAAGAAGAUAUUGAACGCGACACACAAUAUGUACGCUUACCGUAUUGAACGGAGUACUGACAAAGGUGUGUCAAUAUUACAAGACUGUGACGAUGAUGGCGAGGCUCAUGCUGGUGGAAGAAUGUUGCAUUUACUACAAAUAUUAGAUCAGAAGAACACUUUAGUUGUUGUUUCAAGAUGGUAUGGUGGCAUACAACUUGGUCCGGAUAGAUUCCGUCACAUCAACAAUGCCACAAGACAGGUCAUUCAACAAGCGGGUCUGCUCAAGAAAUGACACCAACUUAUAUCAUAAAUGUGAUAUCUGAUGGAAAGAUUUAGAUUUAAUAGGGAGAUUAUUUAAAAAUAAUACACAUUAUACUUCAAGUUUUUGAAUAUAACCAGCUUAGUAGUUACUGGGGCUAGUUGCUAUGGCAACUGCAGAAUAUUGCUGAAUGUAUGUAUGUGUAUAUAGUAAAUAUAUUUUGUAUAUAGUUAUAUAA